CACUUUAAAUAUAUAUUUUUAUACUUUCAUGAGUCUUGGAAUUUGCUCAAGAAGCCAUGAUGCUGUGGAGCCAAUGGCAAAGCCCCAGUGGUACAUUCACUGCAGUAAGAUGGCAAAGCAGGCUCUUGAUGCAGCUAUGGAUGAUAAAAAUAGGAAGCUGGAGUUCAUUCCAAGACAAUAUACUGCCGAACGGAAGAACUGGCAGCUAUGGUGGGGUCACCAGGUUCCUGCAUGGUGCAUUAAACUAGAAGACAGUGAAUUGAAGGAACAUGGAACAGAUAAUGACAACUGGAUAAUUGCUAGAGAUGAGAAAGAAGCUUUACCAGAAGCAAACCAAAGAUUUUCUGGGAAAAAAUUUGGGAUUUUUCAAGAUCCAGAUGUACUAGACACCUGGUUUUCUUCUGGCCUUUUUCCUUUACCUUUAUCUAUCCUGGGAUGGCCUGAUGAUACCAACGAUUUAAAGACCUUCUACCCAACAUCAGUCCUUGAAACUGGACAUGGCAUUCUCUUCUUCUGGGUGGCUAGAAUGGUUAUGUUAGGAAUUAAACUGGGAGGUGAUGUGCCCUUUACAAAGGUCUUCGCAAAGAGGCUAGAGGAGAGCAACCUGGAUCCAAAUGAGAUGGCUGUUGCAAAAGCAGGACAAGUGAAAGAUUUUCCUAAUGGUAUUGCUGAAUGUGGUGCUGAUGCACUUAGGUUUUCACUUCUCUCCUAUCAGCUCAGUCAAAUAAAAUCAAUUUGGAUUUUCAACGAGUUGUUGGUUAUCGACUAUGGUGUAACAAGCUUUGGAAUGCUUCUUGUGAUGUUUUCAUUGAAGCAAUCAAGCCUUACUUUGCUGGAGAUUGUCUGGCAUUUUUCCUCUGAAAGGAGAUGUGCAAAAGAUGCUCUUUGGCUGUGUCUUGAAACUGGUCUAUGCUUGCUUCAUCCUUUUAUGCCAUUUCUUGCUGAAGAAUUGUGGCAGCGCGUACCUGGCGCAAGUGACCUUGCAAGAAAAGAGUCCAUAAUGAUAUGUGAGUAUCCAUCACCUGUAGAGAGUUGGUCGGAUGACAGGGUUAAACAGGAUAUGGAUCUUGUAGAGUCAACUGUGAGAAGUCUCAGGUCACUCAGGGCAGAGCUGCUUGCUAAGCAGAAAAAUGAAAGGUUGCCUGCUUUUGCUUUGUGUCAAACUGAUGCUGUAGCUGAAACCAUUAGAAGUCACAAAUUAGAGAUCUUAACUCUAGCCACUCUUAUCAUCUUUAGAGGACUUAAGACAUGCAUGGUGGAAUCCAUGUGCAUCAAAUUCUCACCACUCAUAUUGUUAUUCUUACAGGUUCUCCUUGGUGGAAGAGAUGCUGCACCAGAUGGGUGUUCGCUUGUGAAUGUAAAUGAAAACCUUGUGGUUUUUCUCAAGGUUCAUGGAAUUCUAAACCGGAGAGCGGAAGUUGAACAGAGAAAAAUUAAGGUCCUGUUUGCUACCACAGAUGAAAUUCGGCAUACAGUGGUUUGAUAGUGGUUUGUGAAUUGUGGCUGUUGAAAAAGAUUAAGGACAUUUUGUACAUCGUAAUCAAGGAUUUGAGAAUGGUGGGUGAGGCAUUUUGAAAAGAAGAGGAUUUGUCUCGUCAUACAAAUCUUUUAUGAAACGUGUAAAAGAAAACUGGUAAAUUUGUUUAAGGUGGCUCCAUUCCAUCCACUUUUCUUUCUUUCUUUUCUUUUUUUUUUUUUGGAAAAAGAAAUCUUACAAAUUAGU